GGGGCGGGCUCAGGGGUUGCGGCCAACGGCGGGAAACGGCCUCCGAAACAGGGGCUGAGGGGUGAGCUCUCCUCCUUAUUCCUGCAAAAUGUAGGAGUCGCGGGAGGCCCCGAGAGAGCCGAGGCCCAGUUCCACUCCUACUGUACCCCGAGUUUAAGACUUAAGACCUAAUCUUCGAACCUGAGAGGAGGCCAGGCUGGGCUCACAUGCCUGCAGCAGGAGUCAGGAGUACUCGGACAAUACGUCAGAGGAAAGCAGCCCGAAGUAGGCAGUGCUGAUAAUUUGACCCAAAGCUGUGUUGUACCGUCAGCAGGUUCUUGGCUGGUGUGAAGAGCUCUAGGUUCCAAGAAGACAAGUUGCACUGGAACUCCAGCAACAUACUGUCAAAAUCAUCUGCAUUGAUCUUUAAGAUGAGAUUUCUAAGCACCUGAAACCUACCCACUGGGGUAGAAGACUGUUUUCUCACUGUUUUCUGGCUGAGUGGACUAUUAAUGACUGAAUGGGCUCUGCUGGGAAGGCUUGUCCUCACACCAUGACAGCUGAUGUGUCAGAAGCUGGAGAGCUAGCUCUGGAGCCUCUACUCACUUGCAAGUUAUGUCUCUGUGAAUAUUCCCUGGAUAAGAUGACCACUCUUCAGGAAUGCAGCUGCAUCUUUUGUACAGCGUGUCUAAAACAGUACAUGCAGCUGGCAAUUCAAGAAGGUUGUGGUUCUCCUAUCACAUGUCCAGACAUGGUGUGCUUGAACCAUGGGACUCUACAAGAAGCAGAGAUUGCCUGUUUGGUGCCUGUUGACCAGUUUCAGUUGUACAAGAGGUUGAAGUUUGAACGAGAAGUGCACUUGGACCCCCAGAGAACAUGGUGCCCCACGGCCGACUGCCAAACGGUGUGCCACAUUGCAGCAAGCGAGCCUAGAGCACCGGUGCCGGUGGAGUGCCCGGCUUGCCACCUGACGUUCUGCUCCUCUUGCAAGGAGGCCUGGCACCUGCAGCACCUGUGCCAGGAAAACCAACCUACUCCAGUCCCAAGCGAGCAAGGAUCCCUUAUUGGAACAGAGACAGAGGCACCAAUUAAGCAGUGCCCAGUUUGUCGGAUCUAUAUUGAGCGAAACGAGGGCUGUGCUCAGAUGAUGUGCAAGAACUGCAAGCACACGUUUUGCUGGUACUGUCUACAGAAUCUGGAUAACGAUAUCUUCUUACGCCAUUACGACAGAGGCCCUUGCAGAAACAAGCUCGGCCACUCGCGGGCUUCAGUGAUGUGGAACAGAACUCAGGUUGUGGGGAUCCUCGUUGGACUCGGUAUCAUAGCACUGGUGACCUCUCCCUUGCUGCUGGUGGCAUCUCCAUGCAUCAUCUGCUGCAUUUGCAAAUCUUGCCGGAGCAAAAAGAAAAACCACAGCCCACCAACAACCUAAAGCUCUGUGUCUGUUUGAGUCUGCACCCGUACAGCAUAUGUAUGUGAGAAAGCACAUUGGUUGUAUUUUGGUGCCACACCUACCAAAUAAUGCUCCUUUUUGUCUGCCAAUUCUUGGGAUAAGUGCCUAUUCUUUACAGGUUAUUCUAUCACUAACAACUCCUAGUGUGGGAAAGAUCUAGAUUAUUGUGCAGUAUGUAUGGUGUGGGCUUUUGCUUCCUGAAAAGGAAACCAGGACACCAGUCACUAGUUCAUGCCAUAAAUAUGAGACACCUUCCAAGACUGCUGGAACUUUCCCAUUUUCCAUCAGCUGCACGUGACUUGAUCCUGCAGUGUUACCCUGCCUUUGCAGACCCAGUCAUUACUGUUGUGCUUUCUGUUGGUUCUUGGUGACACUCAGAUUUCUCAGAAAGUUCUGGGUAUUUUGCGAAAGAGGGAGAAGCCUGAUUAGAUUCUUCUGCCUGGUAGCUUGUGUCCUGUUAAAGGUAACAAACCAUUAAGAAAAUGGGUUUGGUAGUUUCCUGUCAAUUGACUGCCAUGGCAUUUCUUUCAGCAUUGAAAUCAAUUUGAUUUUUUCUAUCGAUCUCAAUUACAGAAGCAAAAAACCAACAAAACUCUUCCCAACUAAGACAGAGCUCUCUUCUGAGAGCCCAGACUACCUUGCGAAAGCUGCUGUUUCUUCCAGUUUCAACACAACAAAUCUGCCAUGAAAUAUGAGGAGUAUGCAUAUGUCCCUGUCACUGGGCAUGCCUUUUGUCAGUACCAUGGAUGUAGCAAACUCACCAAGAAGCUAAUAUUUUAAGAAGGGUCAUGAUACAGUUCCCAUUCAGUGCACAGUGUUGGGAUCUUGGUUGUGUGAGCAUAGAGUGGCUGCAUGGGCAUGGAUAUACAGGGUAGAUAUGUACAAUGUAUUUUCUGGGCAGUCAGUGUAUUUUUUUCCAUAGUUUACAUGGGGGGUCAGCAAGAACCCUGUUAAAAGUUACUCAGAGCAGGCUAAGCCAAGCCGUCCUUUAAAAUCUUAUGGACCUGCUGAAGUGAAUACUUGGGAAAUGCUGCAUAAAUGUGAGUUCCAUCCACUGGUGGGUAUUUGUUUUGUCCUGCUUAUUGUUAACAAACAUUGUUACCAAUAUUUUUCAGUGACACUAAAUCUGGAAGGCUGUCCUUUAACAAACCCUUCGUUUUAAUUUUGCGCCUCAUCACCAAACUGAUUCAGACCCUGGGAUCAGUUACACUUGUAUAAGCUCAAUGAAAGAGUUGGAGUUACUCCAGGCUUGCUCAGGAGUAGCCGAGAUCAGGCUCUGCUCCCUGGAGUUUAUUUCCUUAUUGGCUGCUGCUCCUCACAACUGGGGCUGGUGGUGCUUUUGUUCUGCACUCCUGCUUGUGCAUUUUAUAUCUGUGGGAACAGACACAAGUUUGCACUGUGUAAUUGGUUGUAACUCCAAACCCCUUUCCUUAAGGGCCGCAAGGUUUAAAUGAGAUGCUCGGCCUGAGUGUUGUGUUGGGCUCAGACUCUGCCAGGCUGCCCUUCUCCAGGCACACAGUGCAGGUCACCUGAAGAGUGCUGUGAAGAGUGUCUGAGCUGUUGUGCUUGGCUGAGCCCCAGGAACUUUGCCUUCUUGGCAGCUGGAAACGUGACCUUCUUUUUGUUUCACUCUGCUCUCUGGUUACUGUCACAAAAGUGGUAGGUGUUGUUCUUUUAAGAAGAAAGUGUGGUCUGCUGAGCAGACUAGCAAGGACAAAGGCCUUAAAUGAUGCUGUCUGUUUUCCUUUUUAAUUGAUUUCUUUUAUAAAUGCUGUCUGACUUUGCUACCAGUCCUGACUGGAGGGCAGGCAGUGUUCACCAGUGUGAAAGGCUCUAUUUAUUCUUCAUCCACAGCUUUGAAGGGAAGCACAAAGGUAAUCAGUACAUUCUAAAUAGAGAGUGCAAUGCAGACAACUGCCAUUUAUAAUAAAUAAAGAAUGUUUUCUGUGUGUGUUUUCUUUAAGAGCACUAAUGGUAGUGCUUUGGGGUACUUGUGACAGAUUAUAGAGUGUCCAACCCUUGGCUUUGCACUAUUUUUCUACCUAUGUUUUUACAGCACUACUGUCAUUUCCAUUUGAUUGAUGGACUUGAAGUUGUGAGUCUUACUUUAAUGAAGCCUCAAGGACAAAGAUGUAGGAGCUGUACGGUCUCUUUAACCAUAACCAGUGUUGCAAUGUCCCAAUGUCCUCUGCAUGUUAAAAUCGGUGGGUUUUUCAUGUUUUGUGACCUUACCCAUGACCAACACACCCUCUGCCAGUCUAGUUUCUUUCCUCAUCCUCUCCCUCUUUCCUUUGGUCUGUUUUUGCUAAAAUGCCUAAUGGGACGAAGGUGUCUGGUAUUUUUUUCAUUACUACUGUUGUGUUAAUGAACCAGUCAAGUUCUUCCCUCUGUUAAAGAAAUGCAACUGAAGGCAGCUGUCUUGCCCAGAAUCCAGUAAUGGGCAAGUUUGACCUUUUUUGAUUCUUUAUGUGUUUUCUGAAGCUAAUGCAGAUCUCUCCAUAGAGUGGGAAUUUGUUUAAAUGGUUUGAAGAACGGUAUUUCAUAAAAGCACAGCACACAUGCCUAGCUGUAAAGCCUGGGAAAACAACACCAUUCAGUUUAUUUUUAAGUGCUCGAUUUAAGUGCAGUUAGUUCCCCAUCAGAGGCUAAUUCCUAUGGAGCAUGCCU